AUGCAGAGUCUCAGCAAGGAAAACCACAGUGCUGUGUCUGAGUUCAUCCUCCUGGGCUUCUCCAGUGAACCACAUGUCAGAAUAAUCCUGUUCACCUUUUUUCUCCUCCUCUACCUCGUCACCCUUCUGGGCAAUGGACUCAUCGUUUCCCUGAUCUAUCUGGAUUCACACCUUCAUACACCCAUGUACUUCUUUCUUAGUAUCCUCUCGCUGGUGGACAUGAGCUAUGUCACCACCACCGUGCCCCAGAUGUUGGUUAAUAUGGUGCAUCCAAGGAAAACCAUCUCCUGGGGUGCAUGUGUAGCCCAGAUGUUCAUCUUCUUGGUACUAGGUAUUGGUGAGUGUGUCCUCUAUGCUAUAAUGGCCUAUGACAGGUAUGUGGCCAUUUGCUUCCCCCUACACUAUACCCUCCUUAUGAGCCGUUCUGUUUGCAUCAAGAUGGUCAUAGUCUGUUGGUCCAUUAGUAUAGCCGGGUCUCUGAUCUAUACUAUCUUCACUAUGCGUUUGCCCUAUUGUGGCCCCUACAAGAUCAACCACUUUUUCUGUGAAGUCCCUGCUGUCCUGAAGUUGGCCUGUGCAGACACAUCUUUCAAUGACCGUUUGGAUUUUAUCUUGGGUUUUAUCCUACUUUUGGUCCCGCUCUCCCUCAUCCUGGCCUCUUAUGUCCGUAUCUUUGCUUCCAUCUUAAGAAUACGCUCGACCCAGGGAAGGCUCAAGUCCUUCUCCACAUGUGCUUCACACGUCACUGUGGUCACCAUGUUCUAUGGGCCAGCCAUGAUUAUGUAUAUGAGGCCUGGUUCCUGGUAUGACCCAGAAAGGGACAAAAAGCUAGCUCUGUUUUACAAUGUUGUUUCUGCCUUCCUCAACCCCAUCAUUUAUAGCCUCCGGAACAAGGAUGUAAAAGGGGCCUUUCUGAAAGUGUUUGGUGACAGAAAGACAACUCAGUGA